AUGCGAGGAUGCCUGCAGUUAGCCAGGUGGCUGAGCGCAGCGCCAAAGGGCUCUGCUGCUAGCCUAUUCCAGCCGCCAUUCGGCCUUUCUUCCUCCGUUCGAGGUUCCACUGUCCAUGCAUCGGAUCUCGAGAACAGAAUCGCCGCUAUCCCGAUCGAUCGAUAUCGCAAUUUUUGCAUCGUUGCCCACGUCGACCAUGGAAAGAGCACGUUGUCCGACCGGUUGCUGGAAUUGACGGGUACGAUCCAACCAGGAAGUAACAAGCAGGUGCUGGACAAGCUCGAUGUGGAACGGGAACGUGGUAUCACGGUCAAGGCGCAGACAUGUACGAUGAUUUAUAACCAUGAGGGGGAGGAUUACCUGCUCCAUCUUGUUGAUACCCCGGGCCAUGUGGACUUCCGUGCGGAGGUUUCGCGCAGUUACGCCAGUUGCGGAGGCGCCUUGCUCUUGGUUGAUGCCAGUCAGGGCAUUCAGGCGCAAACCGUUGCCAACUUCUAUCUCGCUUUCUCGCAGGGUCUGGAGUUGAUCCCUGUCAUUAACAAAGUGGAUCUGCCCUCGGCCGAGCCCCAGCGUGCUCUGGAGCAGAUGAAGCAUUCUUUUGAACUAGACACGGAGAGCGCAGUGUUGGUCUCGGCUAAGACUGGCCUCAACGUGGAGCAGCUGCUUCCUACGGUCGUCGAUAAGAUUCCAGCCCCUGUCGGUGACUUCACCAAGCCCCUGCGCAUGCUCCUCGUCGAUUCCUGGUACGAUUCUUACAAGGGUGUGAUCUGCUUGGUCCGUGUGUUCGAUGGCGAGAUCCGAGCGGGAGAUCAGCUUGUUUCUUUCGCUACGGGACUCAAGUAUUACGUCGGCGAAGUCGGCAUCAUGUACCCGAAUGAGACCCCACAGACGGUGCUCCGUGCGGGCCAAGUUGGCUACGUCUACUUCAACCCGGGCAUGAAGCGGAGUAAGGAAGCUAAGAUUGGUGAUACGUACACGAAAGUGGGAUCGGAAAAGCUUGUGGAACCGCUACCGGGUUUUGAAGAGCCUAAGUCGAUGGUUUUCGUGGCCGCCUACCCUGUCGAUGCAGAUCAUUUCGAGCACCUGGAGGACAGUAUCAAUCAGCUCAUGUUGAAUGACAGAAGUAUCACAGUGCAGAAGGAGUCCUCAGAGGCUUUGGGUGCCGGUUUCCGCUUGGGCUUCCUGGGAACUCUUCACUGCUCUGUUUUCGAGGAUCGUCUGCGCCAGGAGCACGGAGCCAGUAUUAUCAUUACUCCUCCGUCAGUUCCCGUGAAGAUCGUGUACAAGGACGGCAGAGAGGAGAUCAUCAGUAACCCGGCCAAGUUCCCCGACGACGAAUCAGCACGCGCGAAGGUCCUGGAAUUUCACGAGCCCUACGUUACGGCCACUCUGACUUUCCCGGAUGAGUACCUAGGAAAGGUCAUCGAACUCUGUGAAAACAACCGUGGAGAACAGAAGAGCCUCGAGUACUUCACGUCUACUCAGGUUAUUCUCAAGUACGAACUUCCAUUGGCGCAGUUGGUCGACGACUUCUUCGGUAAGCUCAAGGGUAACACGAAGGGCUAUGCCUCUCUGGAUUAUGAAGAGUCGGCCUGGAGACCGAGCAGUAUUGUUAAGCUGCAGCUGUUGGUCAACAAAGCCCCGGUGGAUGCUGUCGCUCGCAUCGUCCACUACAGCCAAGCGGAUCGACUUGGUCGUCAAUGGGUGACGAAAUUCAAGGAGCAUGUGGACCGCCAACUCUUCGAGAUUAUCAUCCAGGCAGCUGUUGGGCGCAAGGUCGUGGCUCGUGAGACCGUGAAGCCCUAUCGGAAGGAUGUCCUGGCCAAGCUUCAUGCUAGUGAUGUCAGUCGACGCCGCAAACUGUUGGAGAAGCAGAAGGAGGGUCGCAAGAGACUCCGGGCUGUGGGCAAUGUGGUGAUUGAACAGAAGGCAUUCCAGAAUUUCUUUGCCGUCGCAUCCAUCUCCGCUGAGUCACUGUCAUCUUGCCAUGAUCAUCAUUUGACCACCGUGAUGCAGCCUCCAGAAGGUGUGCAGGUCGACCUGGGCAAGGCCCAGGUCAUUGACCGCGUCCCCAAAGUCAUCAAGGAACUGAAGUUCGGUGUCCUGUCCAACGACGACAUCGUCAGCCAAGGUGUGGUGGAGGUCUCCGACCGGAAAUUCUUCGAUCUCGAACAUGACCGAGCCGUAGUCGCCAAUGGCCCCCUCGACGCGCGCAUGGGUAUCUCGAACAAGACCUCGACAUGUCAAACCUGUGGUGGCGCCCUCCAGGUCUGUAACGGACACUUCGGUCACGUCAGGCUCGUCCUGCCUUCCUUCCACGUCGGUUACUUCAAGCGAGUCAUCACCAUUCUCCAAGAAAUCUGCAAAGAAUGCUCUCACAUCCUCCUCCCCGAAGCCGAUCGCCGUGCCUUCCUCCGCGAAAUGCGUCGCCCCGGCCUGGACAACUUGCGACGGAUGCAGAUUGCGAAGCGCAUCAACGAGCGGUGCAAGAAGACCCGCAACUGCGAGAACUGCGGUGCCGUAAACGGUGUGGUCAAGAAGGCCGGUACCAGCGCGCUGAAGAUCACCCACGACAAAUUCCGUGCCUUCAACGCCUCGACUUCCGUCAAGAAGGUGCCCCCGCCCAGCAAGAUUGUCUUUGACCGGUCCUUCGACGAAGCGCGUACAUCAAAUGCCGAGGUCGAAAAGCAUUACAAGAAGGCCCAGGAUGAUAUGAACGCCUUGCGCGUGCUGAACCUGUUCAAGAAGAUCUCCGAUACGGAUUGUGAAUUGCUGGGUCUAGACCCGAAGGAGGCUAGACCAGAGAUGUUUCUCUGGCAGUUCAUCCCUGCUCCUCCAGUCUGUAUCCGUCCCUCCGUUGGUCAAGACGCGGCCUCGACCGAGGACGAUUUGACUGCCAAGUUGGGAGAUAUUGUCCAGAGUAACAUCAACCUCAAGAAUGCGCUGCUGAAGGGUGCGCCAGUGCAAACCAUCAUGGAAUGUUGGGACUACAUGCAGCUGCAGAUUGCUGUGUACAUCAACAGUGACGUUCCGGGUUUGAACAAGGCAGAUUUGGGAAAGCCCAUUCGCGGUUUUGUACAGCGCUUGAAGGGAAAACAGGGUCGUUUCCGUGGUAACUUGUCGGGAAAGCGUGUCGACUUCUCCGGCCGUACGGUCAUUUCUCCCGAUCCUAACUUGCGCGUCGACGAGGUAGCUGUUCCUGAGCUUGUGGCGAAGAACAUGACCUAUCCGGAAGUCGUGACUCGCUACAACAAGGAGAAGCUGCAGCAGAGAGUCCGGAACGGAACGAAGAAGUGGCCUGGAGCGAACUAUAUCACCAAGAAGGGUCAGACGUUCAAGCUCUUCCUCAAGUAUGGUAACUUGAACAUGAUCGCCGACCAGCUCCAGGAGGGAGAUGUUAUCGAGCGUCAUAUUGAGGAUGGUGAUAUUGUUCUGUUCAACCGCCAACCGUCCCUGCACAAACUCAGUAUCCUUUCCCACUUUGCGAAAGUCCGCCCGCACCGGACUUUCCGUCUCAACGAGUGUGUCUGCAACCCUUACAACGCUGAUUUCGACGGUGACGAGAUGAACCUGCACGUUCCCCAGACGGAAGAAGCGCGCGCUGAAGCCAUGGAACUCAUGGGUGUCAAGAACAACUUGGCCACACCCAAGAACGGAGAGCCUAUUAUUUCUGCUAUCCAGGAUUUCAUCAGUGCUGCUUACGUCCUCAGUAGCAAGGACAACUUCUUCGAUCGUCGCUCGUUCACCCAGAUCUGUCUUUACAUGCUUGGUCCUCAAACCCGCUUCGAUCUUCCCCCUCCCUCCGUGCUGAAACCCCAGAUGUUGUGGACUGGAAAGCAAGUCUUCAAUAUCCUCAUGCGGCCGAACAAGGAUGACCCAUGCUUGGUCAACCUGGAUGCCGCUUGCAGAGAGUUCAAGAUGCCGAAGGAUGGUAGACCCAAGGAUCUCGACCCCAAGGAUGGUUGGCUCGUCAUUCGUAAUUCCGAGGUCAUGUGUGGUGUGAUGGAUAAGUCCACUAUCGGUUCCGGAAAGAAGGACAACGUGUUCUACAUCAUGCUGAGAGAUUACGGUCCAGCGGCGGCUGCCGAGGGUAUGAACCGCUUGUCAAAAUUGUCGGCCCGUUGGUUUACAAACAUGGGCUUCUCCAUCGGUAUCACCGACGUAUAUCCCAGCGAGAAGCUGUUGCGCUCGAAACAUGAUCUGGUGGAGACUGCAUACGCAGCCUGUGACGAGGUCAUUGCCAAGUACAAGGCUGGUACACUUGAGAAGUAUCCUGGUUGUGACGAGUUGCAAACUAUGGAGAACCAGCUGUCUGGUAUUCUCAGUAAGGUCCGUCAGCAGGCUGGUGACGAGUGUAUCGCUCAACUGAGCAAGUACAACUCUCCUUUGAUCAUGGCUACGUCUGGAUCGAAGGGUUCUAGCAUCAACGUGUCUCAGAUGGUUGCCCUUGUCGGUCAGCAGAUUAUUGGUGGCCAACGUGUGCAGGACGGCUUCCAAGACCGAACCUUGCCUCAUUUCCCGAAGAAUGCCCGUCAGCCUCCAUCGAAGGGUUUCGUGCGGAACAGUUUCUUCUCGGGUCUCACCCCUACGGAAUUCAUCUUCCACGCCAUGUCCGGUCGUGAAGGUCUGGUCGAUACUGCCGUCAAGACGGCCGAAACCGGUUAUAUGUCUCGUCGGUUGAUGAAGUCCCUGGAAGAUCUUUCCACCAGGUACGAUGAUACCGUCCGCAACUCGUCCGCAGCGAUUGUCCAGUUCCAGUAUGGUGACGACAAGCUGGAUCCGGUGGAUAUGGAGGGCAAGGCCAAGCCCGUUCACUUUGACCGGACUUUCAUCCAUUCAGAAUCCAUCACUUACUCGAAUGACGAGCCGAGUCUGCUUCCUGCUGAAAUCAUGGAAGUCUGCGAGGAGAUGCUGUCGAAAGAACGUGCCAAGCUGGUGCGGAAGGAUUUGAUGGGCAACACUUUGGCUUACAUGGACCGCAGUGACCACGGCAUUGACCAAUUUGAAAGUGCCCGUGAUUUCCUCGAGUCCAUCCAGCAGUACGUUGCGACCAAGGCGGACAAGCUGAUUUCUCGCGGUGGUGACAUCGAUCCCUCUGAUGAAAGAAGUCAAAAGGGUCUGAACCACACGGGCAAGCUGACUGAGCGCACCCUGCGGACUUUCAUCACGGAGUGCUUGAUGAAGUACAAGAAGGCUCAGGUUGAAGCCGGCCAUGCUGUUGGUGCCGUCGGUGCGCAGUCUAUCGGUGAGCCCGGUACGCAGAUGACGUUGAAGACUUUCCACUUUGCUGGUGUCGCCGGUAUGAGUAUCACCCAGGGUGUCCCCCGUAUCAAGGAAAUCAUCAACGCCUCCAAGGAGAUCAGUACGCCUGUCGUUGCUUGCGAGCUGGUCACCAAGGACAACAUCAUUGCUGCCCGUAUUGUCAAGGGUCGUAUUGAGCAGACGUAUCUUCGCGACAUUAUCCACUAUGUUCGCGAGACAUGGACUGGCAAGGAAGCCUACAUCACCGUCAAGAUCAACUGGAAGACUAUCCAGGAUCUGGCGCUGGAGCUGAAGAUCGAGAACAUUCUGGCUGCGAUCAAGAACCACAAGCGAUUCAAGGCGGACGAUCUCAAGUUCCGAUGCUCGCGCUCACACAUCCACGUCUACAUGGAUGUUGAGCCGUCUAGCAAAGCAUCUCUAUCCAAGACUGAGAUUGCGCACACGAGUGCGGAUCCUUUCCUGCGGUUGAAGCAUCUGAAGCGGAUGCUCCCUGAUAUCCAGGUGCUUGGUCACCCCCAGGCCUACCGUGCGAUUAUCCGAACGGAUGAGACGUCGACGACCAACACCCUUCUGGUGGAAGGCUACGGGUUGAGGGCGUGUAUGACCACGAUGGGAGUAGACGGUCUUCGCACGACCACCAACAACAUCAUGGAGAUGCGCGAAGUGCUCGGUAUUGAAGCGGCCCGAUCGACGAUCGUCCAGGAAAUUAGCGAGGUCAUGAAGGACAUGGACAUUGAUCCCCGACACAUGCAGCUUUUGGCCGACGUCAUGACCUACAAGGGUGAAGUUCUGGGUAUUACGCGAUUCGGUCUCGCCAAGAUGCGUGACUCGGUCCUGCAGCUGGCGUCCUUCGAAAAGACCGCCGACCAUCUGUUCGAUGCUGGUGGUGCCGGCCGGACGGAUCUGAUCGAGGGUGUGUCCGAGUGUAUCAUCAUGGGCAAGACGGUGUCGCUGGGUACCGGUGCGAUGGAAGUUGUACGCAAGAUGAACUUCUUCGAGGGCCAGAUUGGGCCGAGGAAGACGACGUUCGAAGACGCGUGGACGGAUGUCUACGAGGCACCUCUGGAGCGGGCGCGGGCGAAGCGCAAGGCGCGGGCUUGA